CAACAUGACGUUCAACGAGCGCACACACGUCACCUUUGCGCGUCCCACCAAAUACAACAACAACUUUGUCGAUCGUGUAUCACUGUACACCACGUAUAGAUCUCCAUACAAGGUGACGAGAUGAAGAUCUUGCUUGCUCACCGACGUCGAGAACACGAGCUCGGGUAACUUCUCCGCGUUUGUUCCAUGCAGUAAGAAUGACACGACCUCAUUGGCUCUCGACCCAGAGCUGACCAGCAACACUCCAUGCGAGGCUGCAUACCAGAAUUCAUGGACGUAUAGCCCCACCGUCCUGUGCAGGGCACAGCUACGCCUCUUGGAACUGACGCGGUGGUGUUCCAGCCCUAGUUUUGUGACUAGGAACAGGUCCUGAGAGCUCGUGGCCUUGAGCGAAUGCGUGUUCCAGAUGAUGCCCCCGUGCAGGAUCCUGUUGCCGGCUUUAGACUUACACAAAACCCAGUAGGACGCCCGAGUGCCGCGAUCCAAAACCUGCACCUCGAUGUCGCUGCGCUGGAUGGCAAGAAAUUGGCUAUCAACCGACAGCUGCAGCAGUAUUAUUGGAGUCUGGUUGCGCUGUUGGACAGCAUCUCGGUGGUCGCCGCUGGCUUCCGGCUCGUUGAAGUCGUAGAGCGUCUUCAGGUCUGAAGGAGGGGAAAAUGUAGCUGUUGCAGCAGUCAUGGGAUCCAGCGAUGCAUCCAGAGGAAGCUGCUGUAGCUUUAGCGACAGUGGGGACAGAACCAAUACACUCUGGUGUGUUGCGUCGUACCAGGCGUGGCGAUUGUCGCCCUCGUAGGCAACACCACCGCGUGCGUUCAAGAACAGAUGCAUACUGGAAAAUGGAUCCGCGUAUACGAAGUAUACAUUGGGUUAUACUCGAAAAAGUGCGAUUGCUAAAAACUGGUACAUCUGGAUAUUUCCGACCAACAGUUUGACGUUUUUGGCGGGAGUUAUGGCGGUCGUGGAGGCGAAUGAACCGCGCGUGGAGAGGGGCGCUAACGCCUGGAACGGAAUGUUGACGGAUGCGGUGAUGAAAUGCGGACGUGACAGCGAGCGGAGGCUCUAUAGUGCGUACUGACGGUCUCCUUUGUGACGUGAAUUAGCGUUGAAUGGGGGCUUAACUGUGUGACUAAUCGCUGUUGACGGAUCUGGCGCGUGUAGUGUACGGCAUCAGCUUGAACCGCUGCCCGAAGUGCCAGGCCAGACUGCGCGCCGACACCAACACGUGUGUCAGCUGCCACUAUUCACACAAGACGCUACGUAAAUGCAUGCGCUGCAGCCAGAAAAACGACCCUGUCAUGUGGUGCGCGGAAUGUGACGCUUAUUUCUGCGCUAGCUGCCACAAGAAGCCGCACGUUUUGAUGCUCGGGAGCAGCAAGCCCCACCACUGCUUCCCUAUCGACGGCGCCAGUGGGAAGCACUUUGUGGAAGGAGCGUGGUCUGGCGAGUUCAUCGAGAUGGUGCGGGCGGCGUAUCGUCUACGUCUGCACGACAAGAUGGAGGCGGACGAAGCGAAGGCCAAGUCGACUGCGGCCUUUAAUGGAGUUGCUGGCCAAACAGUCCCUGCAAAAGGUGCGUCCCCUACUGCUACUCCUCCUGCGGCAUCAGCUGCUGUCGCUUCUUCUACAGCAGUGGUGCCGCCUACAGCUGCAACCCAAGAGCAAUCUCGCAAGCGGCAGCUACCUAGUGCAGAUGACAGGCGGGGCAAAAAAUCAACUUGUACCGAUGAGGCUUCACGUUCCAGUGGACAACCAGCGGCGGCUCCAAUGGACGGUAUGAGUCUGUAUGACCGUGUGAAGGCAAUGCACGAUAUGCGAGCGAAAGUGGCGCAAUCCAAUGCCACUCAAGCUCGAUCACCAAAAAUGAGUUUGAAUCAGCUCUUGGCGCAACAGAAUGAAGAACGCUUGCGGCAAAAACGAGAGCAGGAAGAGCGACCGAAGAGAGAAGCCGACCGUAUACUGCAGAAAGAACAGCAUCGUCAACAGGAGCAGGAGCGGAAAGAGCAGUUAAAGAAAGCACAGGAGGAGCAAGCAGAGCAGCGGCGACGAGAAGAAGAACAACGGCAGCAACAAAUACAGAAACAACAAGAGGAGCAACGACAGCUAGAGGGACAGCGACGGCAAGAGGAAUUGCGCCAGCAAGCGCUUAUUCAGGAACAGCAGCGGCAGCGGCGUAUGAUGGAAGAACGGAUGCGGCACGAACAGAUUUUGCGGGAACAGGAAGCGCGUCGACAAGCUGAAGCGCAGUCACUGAUGCACGAUGGCAACCGAUUCGUUAGUCAAGCGCAGCGUGUGCUGAACUCCCAACCAGGGUUUGCGGUUGCCUCCAUGGCUCCGUCAACCAUUUCUGCACCAAUGCCACAGUCGUCCAACGCCCGGUUUACACGAAUCCCUUCUCCAGUCAACGUAUCUCCCCAUGCUCCGCGGUUCCAACCGGCUUCACCAUCUCCCGCGUCCCAGGCCUUCCCGUAUCAAUCUGCUCCUGUGUCGAAUGGGUAUUCUUCUAUGACCAACGAGCAGGGAUCACAAGUUUAUCAGGGUCCUGGAGGAGUACCAGUAUCGAGAUUUGAGACUAUUUCACACGACCACGAUGGAAACCACCACCUUGUCGUUAGGGAUCAUAAUGUUCAACAACAACAACAGCAGCAAGCAGGUUUCUCGGAUGCAAUGGUUCCACAUCGGAUGGCGGCUGGCGCAGGAGAGGGACGCUUCAGCCCUAGUAAGUCUGGUGAAGACGACGAGCUACGUGCGAUCUGGGUGAGCGAUUACGACAAUGUUAAUGCGUUGGUGAUGCAACUGGACGUGGAGAUCACCAAGCGGACGGAAGAAGGUCACGAGUUUGUGCACAGGUCAAACACCAUUACGAUCCCGGAGCAACUGAAGAUACAGAUCAACAGCCUCUGUGCUCAGCGGGACGCAGCGAUCAAGAAGAGAUUUGAAUCGGUAGUUCGUGUGCUUAUCUUCUCCGACGCGGUGCGUUCGUUUGCGCAGCAAAAUGAGCACGUUAACAUUUGGAGCGAUGUCCCAGCGGUAUUGACGUCGUCUCACAAGAAGUGCGCAGAACUGGCAGCCGAGAUACGCGAGUUUGAGUCUCAAGCGCAGAAGCUGCGCGAAGGAAUUGACGAGGCCGUGUCGAGCGGCAACCCUGCACAGAUGCAGAACGUGGCACAUCUUGGCGCUCUGAUCGCGGACUUGGAGCAGAAGAUUCGCACUUCCAACGGUGAGCGUGACAAGCAGUUUAUUUUCAUGUUCCAGUUCAGCGACACGCUUAGAAACAUGGUGCGCGCCGAGUGGGCGGCACCCGGAAGAGGUCUUCGCUUGCCCGCAAGCCAAUAACAAAUAAAGGGAUCUUUUCCGGACAUGUAAACGUUCAUUACUGUAGCUUCAAAAACGAUAUCCUGGC